AUGAAGCUCUCCACCAUCCUCCCCUUCGUGGCUCUGGCCGUUGCUGCUCCGACGCAAAACGAGCAAAACGACAGCAUCAAUCCCGCCCUGAACCACCUCACCAAGCCGCUCGCUCGCGACGAUCCCCAUAUCCCGCACAACGGCUACAACAAUGGCAACAACGGCUACGGCAAUGGCAACAACGGCUACGGUCAUGGUAAUAACGGCAAUGGCAAAGGUGGCCAUCACCGGGGAAACUGGAAGCGCGACGUCGAAGACAAGGAGGACAGCAUUAACCCCGCCUUGAACCAUCUCACCAAGCCGCUUGCUCGCGAUGAUCCCCAUAUCCCGAACAACGGCUACGGCAACGGCAACAAUGGCCACGGCGACAACGGCCACGGCAACAACGGCAAUGGCAACGGUGGCCAUCACCGAGGUAACUGGAAGCGCGAGGAGGAGGGCAAUGGUGGCGGCAAUGGUGGCGGCAAUGGCAAUGGUAACGGCAACGGUCAUGGUAAUAACGGCAAUGGCAAAGGUGGCCAUCACCGGGGAAACUGGAAGCGCGACGUCGAAGACAAGGAGGACAGCAUCAACCCCGCCUUGAACCACCUCACCAAGCCGCUUGCUCGCGAUGAUCCCCAUAUCCCGAACAACGGCUACGGCCACGGCAACAACGGCCACGGCAACAAUGGCAAUGGCAACGGUGGCCAUCACCGGGGAAACUGGAAGCGCGAGGAGGAGGGCAAUGGUGGCGGCAAUGGCAAUGGUAACGGCAACGGUAAUGGCCAGGGUCAGGGCAAUGGAGGAAAUGGGAAUUGGUGA